AUGGCCGAGGGACACCAGGAAACCGCGGGAACUGGUGAGCCCCGGAUGCCUGGGUCCCUCCCGGACGCCUGGGUCCCUCCUGAGCUCCUGGGUCCCUCCCGGACGCCUGGGUCCCUCCUGUCUUCCCCAGGUCUCAUCCCCCCAUCCCACUUCAUGCUCCGCCCCUCCAGGACCCUGGGGGCGGAGCUUGCAGCUGAGAGGAGGCGGAGCCAAGCUCUGGGGGAGGAGCUGGAGGCUGAGAGGAGGCGGAGCCAAGCGCUGGGGGAGGAGCUGGAGGCCCUGAGGGGGCGGAGCCAAGUCUUGGAGGCGGAGCUUGUGGCUGAGAGAAGGCGGAGCCAAAUCUUGGAGGCGGAGCUGGAGGUUGUGAGGGGGCGGAGCAAAGCCCUAGAGGCAGAGCUGGAGGCCCUGAGGGGGCGUGGCCAGGCCCAAGGGGCGGAGCCGGGGGCGGGGCAGCCCCUGGGGCAGGUGCUGCUCCAGGCCCAGCUCAGCGCCCUGAGCCACAUCCUGACCCUGCAGGAGCGGGAACUUGACCUUGAGGUGUCCCCCCCCGGCCCGUGUCCCCCCCGCGUGGGGACUCUCUUGGGGCGCUGGCGGCAGAAGGUCUUUGUCCUCCUGGUGCAGCUGCAGGUCCAGGAGGAGGCGCUGCGGAGCCUGCGGGGGCAGGUGCGGGCGCUGGGGACAGCGGUGGCCGCGGGGACGCGCCGGGUGACACGGCUGGAGCUGCAGCUGCACGAGGGGGAGAGACUGCGGAGGGACGGACAGGGCUGGUGGCCCCGGAGCGGCCACGGUGGCCCCAGGACGCGGCAGGUGACAACGGCGGCCCUGGCGGGGACACGCGAGCAGGGGACCCCCCGUGGGGACGGGACGGGGACCAGCAGAGUGGCCCUGGCCGCGCUGGUGACGCAGCUGCAGGCUCUGGGCGCCGCCAUCCUUGGUGACACCGGUGACCCCCCCGACCCCCCGGGGACCCAGGCGUCCGGCCCAGUAAAGCGGAGGUGACGUCACCGCGGCCCCGUGACCUGCGGGGGGGGCGCUUGGGGACACGGGGGCCGGGGGGCAACGGGGUCCCAGUGGGGGCUGGACUGGGUAUAACAGGAAUAAACUAGGUCUAAAACCUGAGCUGGGCCUAAAACCUGAGCUGAGCCUAAACCUGAACUGGGCCUGAAACCUGAACUGGACAUAAAGCUGAGCUGGGCCUAAAACCUCAACUGGGCCUAAAACCUGAACUGGGCCUAAAACCUGAGCUGGGCCUGAAACCUGAACUGGGCCUGAAACCUGAACUGGGCCUGAAACCUGAACUGGACAUAAAGCUGAGCUGGGCCUAAAACCUGAGCUGGGCCUAAAACCUGAACUGGCGUUAAAACCUGAACUGGGGCUAAAACCUGAGCUGGGCCUAAACCUAAGCUGGGCCUAAGACCUGAGCUGGGACUAAAACCUGAACUGGGCCUAAAAUCUGAACUGGGCCUAAACCUGAGCUGGGCCUAAAACCUGAGCUGGGCCUAAAACCUGAACUGGGCCUAAAACCUGAACUGGGCCUAAACCUGAACUGGGCCUAAAAC